AUGCGUCGUGAGGAACGGCACAAACUCCAUAGACAAAGUUUAAGAAUUGAUAACUUGAGAAGUAGGGGCAGCGGUAGUGGUUCUGUUGACAGCAACCAGCGUUGCAGUGCUCGGUUGCGGGAUCAAAGUUGUGGGUUUGCUGGUCCACGGCUUUCGACCAUUAACUUAACACGUAACAGAGACUUCCCUCCAUGCGAAAAUGACAGGCACUGCGAGGUGAGCAGUGAACAUAUGAUUCGCAUCCCUGAUCGUUCACGGCAACAAAACAGUCACCCCCAAGUCGUCGAGGGUGUGCUUCACAACUCCUUUUUUAUGGGUGGCAAUGAAGCCAUUCCCUUUUCUUGUGACUCUCCCAGCAUGAGUAACGGACCACCAACUCCGGUAGCGCCUUCGCAGCCUGAGGCACAGUUCGAUUCGGUCCCUUCACUUGACGAGGGUAGUGGGGCACUGCCGCAGAGCACUCCGCUGGAGCUGGAGCCUUUUCUAACCAACGAGAUGCCGCGUGGGAGGUUUAUCUUGUUUAAUCUUCUUAGUACGUGGGGGGACUUGAAUGAGGUGGGCUUGAAUGGGAUAGAGGUUUUCGACGAAAAAGGUGACCGGAUCAUUCCUCCGGCAGAGUUGUUAGAGGAAAAAGUGGUGGAUCGGGCGAAACAACAGCAAGAGGAGAAGGUGAGGAUUGAGGGCGGUUUUACGAACGUCUCGUAUUGUGCACCAAACAAUCAACUCCUUCUGAUUGUGGAACACCCCACUCCCUACGAGAUGGCGAGCGAAAUGGAAAUGGCCACCGCUGCAGCUCGCAACGACCUCGCGCGCAUGUCAUACGAUGAGGAUGCUCUUGUUUCAACUGCUCAUGGGAACUCGGACCCACGGCGAUGCGUGUCAAACAUUAUAAAUGGCGUUAACAACACACACGACGAGACGUGCCUUUUUACCAUGCCGUAUAGUGUUGACAACCAUCACUUGAUUGGUUUCAUUCUUCCUUUUCCCGUUACUGUCUCCAUGGUGCGGGUGCACAACUAUGGUGGAAGUGGGCGCGUGCAUACUAACAAGGGUGUGCGGUUGAUGGAGAUGACAGUAGAUGACAAACUCGUUUUCCGCGGGGAGAUCGCCGAGAACACAGGCGAGGUGAUUCCUUCUCAUCAGGUGGGAUUAAAGAAUUGUGAAAACAUUCUCUUUACGGAGGAUGAGGUUGUGUUGCAGCGGAUGCUUUUUUAUGACACCAAUUCCAAUGAUAAAUCUCCGGCGCUCGCGCCCAAAAACACUUACCGAGAACCGGCAAAUAUAGGUUUGCCUUCCUCUUACAAACCGAGCAACAAUCUGUGUCAGUCAGCAACAACUCUUUUGGUGUCGUCGGGCAACGAAGGCGACGUGAAGCGAUUCGGUAACGAGAAGGCUGUCGUGAUUUCUUCGAAUACCGUCAGUGGUGCGCAGUCGGCACAUUCAGCGGUUUCGUCAGCUACUAUCGGUGUCUCUGAUGCUGGACCCCCCGGGUGUCCAAGGAAUGUGACUUCGCUUUGCAUGAUGCUGUUGGGGACUUGGGGUGACACGGAGAAAAUUGGAUUGAGCGGGAUCCGCUUGCGCGACGCCAAUGGGAGUCUGGUCAGUCAGUAUAUCACUCAUUGGUACGUGCGAUUUCCAUUCCAGGAGGCAGAACAGGGUUCUGCGCACGACAUCAGCGGUGGCGAACUGGAAAGGUGGGCAGACCAGCUGCAAUACCUCUUUGACGAAAAUGCGGAAACCGCAAUGACGCUUCCCUGUGUGCGUGGCAUUGAGAUAAUAUUCGUGUUUGCGACUCCCCUGCCAACCUUAGGUCUUCUGGAGGUUGCCAACUACUCACAGGGCGAACACACUUUUUGCGGUGUCAAGGAAGCGCGACUGUUUCUCACCUCGACGAACUGUAGCACCUCUACAGAGUGUCAUUCACCAGAAUCCUUUGUGAGGGCCUAUGCGGCUUUAUGGUCGCGUGAUGGAAACGCCAUGCGCAGCAUCCUAGCGGCGCACGGCGUUUACGAGGUAACCCCGGAGGAGGGUGUUAGUUUGCGCAAGGCACCUGCCUUUCUCACUAUUCCCCGGUUUCAAGUGUAUGACCUAUCUUUGGGUGGCGGGCCUGAUGGAGCCUCUUCUGUUAGCGGUCCACUGGCUGGCGGUGGCGCUCUUUACCGACCCCUUUCGCAGAGUCUUACUGCCUCCAUGACAAUACGCGCGGAGAUGUCAAUGCGGCGUGCCCGCAUGGCCCUAAAACCGCGGCCCAAGUGGUUGUUGGAAUAUCAGCCGUACCUGACGCCACUACUUCCAGUAGGGUAUGUACUCAAACUGAACCUUAUUCUUUGUGCCCGGGGCGUGAGUGAGCUUAAGACGUAUGCGAAGGAGUGGAUGCUGAACCCGUUGCGUGCCUGUACAUUUGCCGACGAAAAUGGCGAGCGGAUUACUGGUCGUGGUUCUGGGAGUAAGGCACGAGGCUCCACCGGCGAGCAGCAACGGGACGGGAAAAAUUCUAGGAAAAAGGGUGAGGGGGAUACGAGCAGUUACUCAGGAGAGGGUCGUGGUGCACUGCAGACUGAGUGUCUUUUCACUGCACUACCAAACGCCAUACAGCAAGAUGCAGAAGCUGCUGUUAUCGCCGCGAGGGCGGGUAUUCAUACAUCUCUAGUACAGGCGUCUAUUUCAUUGGUGUACGUGGCAGACACCCCUUUUUGUUUAUCCGUUCUCUCAUUAAACCGUGCAUUGGUCAUGGAGGGUCGCGCGGCGUGGGUAAAGCAGAUUCGGGUUUUGAUGGACGACACAUUAGUUUUUGACAGUGGUGACGCCGGGGUACCUCAAGCUGUGACGGCAGAAACGAAGCACGACUCUCCAGCAGCUGCUCCUGCCUUGGGGGAUGAGGAUGCGGUUACGGCGGGUCGUUACCGGACAACCGGAUUCAAUAUGUCCAUGACCUUCUUUUCACCACCGGUGGGUGAAGUGACUCCCAGCAGCGGUUCCCCUGCCCAAUCGACACCAUCGAAGGAAGAGCAGCAACUACCACAAAGCACCGUUAUGUACCGCACCCGGUUAAAACCUUUCGUGUUUUUUACGCUCGAUUCAGCGGUGCUAGAAGAGGCGAGAGAAGAAGCCUCUCGGACAGCAGCUUAA